GUUCUCUUGUAUUGUUAUAUAUAUACCUUCAAUCGAGCUUCUUCAAUGUCAAUGGAGUAUCAAUGUCUCUGAAAGCCCUAAAUUAAAUCGCCAUAUCUUGUUUUUCUUGUUUUUUUGUUGAUGCUGCAUGCCGUUGUGGUUUCUCAAUUUGUAUUUAUACGCGCAUAUCCCAACAGCAUCUCAUCAAUUCAGAAUAUAUAUACCAGUACCUAGCUUUUAGCUACAGCUUUAUAGAUCGAGAUUUUGAUUCUGAUUUUGUCUGAUCGAUCGAUGGAGGAGAAUUCCGAUCAGACUAGCGAUUGGAAGAUGAAUUUCACAGAGCAACGAUCACCUUCGGCCGUUGAUGCAAAUGAUUCUCGUUCCUGGAGACUCGACAUCAAUCAAUUCCGGCUGCCGGAAACCUCCGCUGCUGAUAAUCAAUCUUCAACUCUCAGCCGCCUGCUUCUCCCUACUCUAAGAAGGAAGAGAAGAGUAAAAGCAUAUUACAAGAAGCAAGAAAGCCUCUGUGAAGGAUUCAAUGAAAUGGAAACAAUCACAAAAUCAGGUUCUUUACCCGGAGCCCUAACCGAGGAUGAAAUGACGAAUCUGGCUAAAAGUGAGAGAAUGGCGAUCUAUGUAUCCAACGUAGCUAACUUGAUUCUUUUCAUUGCUAAACUCUACGCCUCCAUUCAAAGCAGAUCGUUAGCUGUUAUCGCAUCAACUCUAGAUUCGUUUCUCGAUCUCUUAUCUGGAUUUAUUCUAUGGUUCACAUCAAACGCCAUGAGAAACCCUAAUCGUUAUCGCUAUCCAAUUGGGAAGAAUCGGAUGCAACCUGUUGGCAUUAUCGUUUUCGCAUCAGUAAUGGCAACUCUUGGCUUCCAAAUACUUCUAGAAUCUGCGAGAGAAAUCAUUGCCGAGACUCAUCCUAGCAAGAACCAUGAUAACGAAGAAUGGGUGAUUGGAAUCAUGGUUUCUGUGACAAUCGUGAAAUUUAUGCUGAUGAUGUAUUGUCGAAGAUUUGAAAACGCAAUAGUGAGAGCAUAUGCUCAAGAUCAUUUCUUCGAUGUCAUCACUAAUUCCAUUGGAUUAGCAGCAACUGUGUUAGCCGUACGUUACUAUUGGUGGAUUGACCCUGUUGGCGCUAUAAUUAUAGCAUUGUACACGAUAAAUACAUGGACAAAGACUGUGAUAGAGAACGUACGGUCUUUAAUUGGGAGAACAGCUCCACCGGAAUUCUUAUCAAAAUUGAUAUAUUUGGUAUGGAACCACCAUGAAGAAAUAAAACACAUUGAUACAGUUAGAGCCUACACAUUCGGGGGUUAUUACUUUGUGGAGGUAGACAUAGUGUUGCCACAAGAUAUGAUUCUUAUCGAGGCACAUAAUAUUGGUGAAAUGUUACAAGAAAAACUAGAGCAAUUGGCGGAAGUUGAACGAGCUUUUGUUCAUAUCGAUUUUGAAUUCACUCACACACCUGAACAUAAGGGAAAGGUUUGAAUAUUUUUUUUUUUUGUUUUUGUAGUUGCAACAAUAACAAUAACAAAAACCCAGUUCCCUUAAGGGAGAAUCAGAUAAGGGAAGGUAAAAUGUAGGCAUGAAACUGCUUCCAUAGAAGACCUCUAACAUAAAGAGGAAAACUUUUGUUUUUUAUAGUUAC